CGGCAACACAACUGUGUAUCUGGAGAAACGUCUCGGUCGCUCGUUAUCCGUUUUCUGACACUAAGUGUACGUUUUUUGUCAGCAUUUUCGCCGCCAACAUUAUUCAAGCUCUUAUUAAAAAAAUCGUAUUUUUAAUCGACUAUUUUUUUGUUAUCGGACGAUUGUUAAUUGUCUGUUUAUUUUUUUAAUUAAUAUGUUUUUGGGGUGAUUACAUUUUUUUUUUUUACAUUUAACAUAAUUGUCCAUUUCUAGUGCUAAGGGUAAACGUGUACGUUAUAAUUGUUUUCUAUAUUUUAUUUUAUUAAAAGUUGGUGCGAGUUGUUCCAAUGUAAUUUCGAAUCAUUCAAUUUUUGUGCAUGAGCUUACGAGAUCCAGUAAUAAGGUAAUUCAAUUUCAACUAUGAAAAAAAUAUUAAUAACUGAAGAAGUUUACAAUUCAGCUAGUUGAAAGGAUAAGACACACCGGCGGUGUUCGUAGAUAACAAUAAAGAAUGGUAACAUCCGAUCAUCACCACCAAACACAAGGACAUCCAAAAUUUAUAGCGCUGUUGAUUUUGUUUAUUUUAGACUAUGGCAAUGGUGAUACGAAAGAAAAGCGAGAAAUAUUCAGUCCAAAAAAUAAAGGUGAACAACCAGGAUCGCCAAAUACAGAUUGGCAACAGCUGUGGUAUUCCAGCUUUGACGAAUUUCAAAAGCUCACCGAACCACUUUUGGAUAACACCACAGAUACCAACCUGACAGUACCUUAUGGUAGCACUGCGUACUUGCAUUGCCGCGUCAGAAAUUUGGGCGAACGAACGAUAUCUUGGGUUCGACGGCGAGACUGGCAUAUACUAACGUCAGGCAUGUUCACGUAUACGAAUGACGAGAGGUUUACGGUUUUGCACGCCGAGGGUUCUGACGACUGGACAUUGCAAAUAAAAUACGUUCAAAAAAGAGACAACGGCACGUAUGAGUGUCAGAUAUCUACUGGAACGGGUAUAAUGUCCUCAUUCAUUAAUUUACAUAUAGUUGUACCUGAAGUUCACAUAGAUGGACCAGUUGAACUUCAUGUUGACGUGGGAAGUAUCAUAAAUCUGUUAUGUAUAAUCGAAAAGAGUCCUCAGCCUCCACAAUAUGUGUUUUGGUAUCAUAACCAAAAAAUGAUCAACUAUGACAAUAGCAGAGGGGGUAUUGUAGUAAAUACAGAAAAUGGAGGCCGAAGCACUAGCAGGCUAACUAUUCACGACGUUGUCGACACAGACAGUGGUAACUAUACGUGUCAAGCUGCAAACGCAGAACCUGCCUAUGUAUACGUCUUUGUUUCUGAAGGUGAUACUAUGGCUGCAAUAUCCCGUCGAAAAUCAACCGCUUCUGGAAUUGAAGUGAUGUUGUGGUUCGUUGCAUUGCCCCUGUUGGUCAUAUCAGUUAGAUAAGAAAUAUAUAUGUUGCUUUUCUAAUUGAUGUUUUGUGUAUGAAAUUUAUUUCAUUAGUUUAAUAUACAUUUUAAGCAAAAAUAAAACAUAUAAGUCACUCAUAUAUUAUGUAAAUAAUACUCGUAAUACAUGUAUAAUAAAUUAAUAAUUGACGAUUAAAAAAAUUUGUUUAUACCUGAUAAAUUUUAUUGUAAUUUAAUGUACGAUUUUCUGGGUAUGUGCUCAGUAGCGAAAAAAUUAGUGAUGAAACUGAACUUUUAUUUGAUUGUCUUGAAUUUUGUAGACAUCAAACAUUUCAUACAACGAUAAAAUUUAUAAUUAAUCUCAUGAGUCUUGUACAACUUGUAAAUAUAACUUUAGUCAUAUAAAGUGUCAUACCACCACAUUCAAUGAAUAUAUGUAACUUCCUAUUUUUAAACUAUUAGUUUACAGUUACCACAAUUACACAAUGCCUAAAUAUUAUUUCCUAUUUAAUUUUACUGUAUACUUUAUUUAUUAAAGCCUUAAUUUUAUAAUGAAAUUGAUUUGUACAGGGUUAAUCAUUAUAAUUGUAUAAAAUUUAUCAUAUUGUUUAAAAAAUAAAGACUUGUGUAACACUGUCGAUAAUUUCUUGAUUUCUAUUUUAUAAUCCUUAAUUGUAAUGUUAUAGUUUAAAAAAUUUUAAUUGUUUUUUAUUCCGAAUAUAAGCCAUAUUUUAAUGAUCGGUUUGAUAAUCCUUUCAAAAAUCUGUUUUAAAUAAGAAAAUGUAGUUUUUUGUCGUUGAUGUUUUACUAGAUAUUAUAUUAUAAUAUUUUAUAACACUUAAUUACAACUAUUGUGUAGUUACCAUAUUUAAAAAAAAAAUUAUACUGUUAAUAAAUAAUACAUUUCUUUAUGGAACCCAAAUGUUAACUUUUUUUUAUGGGUAACAUUUUAUUAAUUUAAUUUUGCUUAUUAAAAACUAUGUUAAUUGAAACAUUAUUCACUAAUAAUUAAUUCUCAUUUAAAUUUACGAAAAUACUUUAAGUUUUAUAAACAUAAUAAUGGAUUUUUUGUAUACUGAAAAGGCUUUAUCAAAUAUAAGGUUAACGAAGGAAGUAAACGAGUUAACUGUAAAAGAUUAAUUAAUCAAAAUAAAUGAGGAUAGUGCUCAAUUGACACGGGUAUUAAAAAGAAAAAAAUUAACUGUUGCUUUUUAUGUUAAAAAUCGAUUAUUGUUAAGCAAAAGUAGAACGCUGACACUCGCUGUUGAAAAAAAUGUUGAUUCCAUAUCUUGAAAGGUUGUAAAUAACAUAUUGCUGUUCAAUACUCAUUUAAAACACUAAUUUUAAUUUAAUUAUAAAAAAAAAUUGUAAACAAUACUAAAUAAUUAUGUAAAUCUUGUCUGCAUGUUGUAAAAAAUUAUAAGUAUACAUUAAUAUCAUUUGUUGUAAAUAUGAUAAUAUUUUAUAACUACUUUAUGAAGCAUUUAUAUAAAUGCCCUUUUAAAUAUUAUAUUGAUGAAUAAAUGAAAAUUAUGAAUCACUCUUUUAUGUUAUAA